GAUGCCGUUGCUAUCGCCUCCCCCGCCGCCGCCGGCGCGGGCUCCUGGGUGCGGGAGGCGACGACUGAGCCGUAUCCGAAGGCGACGAUCAAAGAGGGCGGAGAGGAGUAACUGGGCGGAGCUGCCCCUGGACGCGUUGCUCCAGGUCCUCCACAGGCUGGACCACGUCGAACUCAUGUUCGGCGGCGCGGCGAAGGUCUGCCGCUCCUGGCACGCCGCGGCGCGCGAGCCCGAGCUGUGGCGCCUCGUCGACAUGCGCGGCCACUCCAGACUCUUCCGGGAGAUUAUCAGCCUUGACAGGAUGGCGCGGCUCUCCAUUUGGUUCAGCGACGGGCAGUGUCAGUCAUUCUUCGCCAAGGGCGACGUCGACGAUGGACUCCUCCUCUUUCUGGCCGACCAGGCACCCUUACUGAAAUGCCUUCAUCUUAUCGAUUGCCAUGAUGUAACCAAUGAAGCCUUCGCACAGGCAAUAACUAAGUUCCCUCUGCUGGAGGAGCUCGAGCUUUGCAAAUGUUACAGUAUAUAUGACGCACGGGUGUUUGAGGUUGUUGCCACAGCUUGUCCACGGGUGAAGCACUUCAAGCAUGUGGAAGACGAAGGAUAUGCACAAUGUCAUGAAAUUGUAUACCGUGCUGAACCCAACAGUGGAGCUAUGGCAAUUGCAAGGAUGCAUGAGCUAAGGUCCUUGCAGCUUUUCCGAUGUAGCCUGGAUGGCCAAGGGCUGACAACCAUCCUUGACAACUGCCUUCACCUAGAGUCCCUUGACAUACGCAGGUGUAGGAAUAUCACUGUCCUGGAUAGCAGCCUUCGAGCCAAGUGUGCCCGUGUCAAAACGAAGAAGCUGUAUCCAUAUGCAUUCACUGAUGACUGGGAGCAUUUUCAGUCCAGUAGCCACGAUGACUUCACCAAUGACUCUGAGUAUUUCGAGCCCGGCAGCCCUAUUAGUUAUUGUUCUUCGUGGUCUAUGGAAUUUUCCCACCAUGAAGAUGAUAAUGCUGAGCGUGAUUGUCAGGUAUUUUUCAUCGCACCAUGCGACUCUGAUGAUUCUCAUCAUUCUCGCUACUUUAGUGACGCCGAUAAGCUCGAGUUUGAAGAGCAUGAUAGGAUACUUUCCAAGGGCAUGCGUAGGUACAUGAGAAUCUGAAGAAUUCAUCUACACUUCUAGAUGUGCCGACAGAAGUGCCUGGCCAGAUUGGGCCCUCUUUCAUGGCCGUAAUUUCUUGAUUUGAUUUUUGU